GGCGCUGCGAGGGCACAGGCGCUGCUGGCAGCCGGUGCAGGAGAGGGGCGCGGCGAGGACAGGCGACCCCGGACAGCAUGGGCGGCUGCGAGAGCAGCCACGGCGGCAGGAGGGUGUCCUUCGGGGUGGAUGAGCGGGAGCAAAUCCGGGUGGUGCAGGGCAUCAGGCUCACUGAAGAUGUAGUGAACCGGAUGAAAGGGUCCCCUCAAAGUAAAAAGUGUUUCCAGAGAUCUCCCCGUGCAUCCAAUGGCACAGCUCCAUCUUCACUGGCUGCAGGAGUGAGACCCAGAUCUCCAGGAAUUCAGCCACCAAAGGCAAGUGACACUGCUGCAGAGCAUGAACUCUACAGGAGGUAUGAGCAAGAACAGGCACUGGUCCAAGAGGAGUUGCUCCAUCUGGCCAGAAGAGAAAGGGAAGCAGCCAGUGAGGCCAAGGAAAGGAACAGCAUUAAUGAGGAGAGGCAGAGAACAGCCCAGAUGCCUGUGGAUUUGGACGCCUGGGCUAUGGAGCUGCAAGAUAGGGAGGCAGAGUUGAAGCUACAAGAGGCCUUCUAUAAAGAUCAGUUGGCUCGCAUUGAGAAGAAGAAUGCAGAGAUCUACAAGCUGACAUCCGAGCAGUAUCAGGAGGCAGCCGCCAAGGCAGAGGAGCAGAUAAAGAGGAGGAACGCUGAUCCUGUCUGUUCAAACUUGCAGUCUGAAAUUCUGAAGUGCUACCGAGAAAACAAACAUGAAGUACUCAAAUGCUCGGAGCUGGCGAAGGAAUAUCAGCGCUGUGUUAGUGCAGCUCAGAAGGAGCUGUUAGUUAAUUCUGGAUAAACAUCAUCCGCCAAAGAGCAGUGGACAAGGAGCAGAGACGCCCUUGGAAGCCCCAUCAUCCUGGACAGACACUGACCCAAACCAGUGCCUUCUGCCCUCCAUGACCAAGACAAUACAACAUGAUUCCUCUUCUAACUGCCUGCAUGUAUCAGUCUCGGUGGAUGUUUCUGGAGUUGGGAGAAGGGUCCCAAGAGGGGGGGAAUGCUAUAAUUUCUUUUCAUUUUUUUGUGAUGUAAAGAAUUGUGCUGGUCCCAGGUGCUUUCAGCACAUAUUGUAGCUUGGAGUCAUGCCCCAACAUAAACCUGGUUCACCCAGACCCAACUUUGGUUUCACCAACCUACAUCUGAGUUUCAAGAGCUGUUGCCUCUGUUUGUUUGCUCUGGAGAAGGGGUCUGAAGUAUUUGGAAGUAACCCUGAGCAGCUUGUUAGGAUUAACUGUUCCUAGCAUGCUCCCAUUGGUUAUAGCAGCAAGCACAUUCCUUCUCUUCCAAGGUUCCCUCCUAAACAAUAAAGUGUUUAACAGUCA